AUGGUUGAGAAGAUCAAAGUGAUCCGUCAAGAGAUUGAAAGGCGAAAUGUUCAAUUUGAACGUUUCAGAAAGAAUUUUAUGGAAGAUAUCAAGGAGAUUCAAGGAAAUAUCCAGGCAAUCAACCAAGACCAAGAGAUCGAAGCUCAGGACAAGCAGUUUGAAGCAGAGAUCCAGGCAAUCAACCAAGACCAAGAGAUCGAAGCUCAGGACAAGCAGUUUGAAGCAGAGAUCCAGGCAAUCAACCAAGACCAAGAGAUCGAAGCUCAGGACAAGCAGUUUGAAGCAGAGAUCCAGGCAAUCGACCAAGACCAAGAGAUCGAAGCUCAGGACACCGACAAUCAAGCAGUCAAGAAAAAGACAAUGAAACGGAGAGUUGGUGGCAUCGAAAUCGACAACAUUAGAACUGAAGGAAAGAGACUGCGCGUUGCCACUCCAGCCAUGCAGGCAUGGAGGGAGAAAAUUCUGAAGAAGAGGAAUUGA